AUUUCGUUCUCAGUUCCUCCGAAACCACUGCAUCAAGAGGCGAAAAAAGGUCUGGAUGAACCCUUCGAUAUGGACGAUGCUGAAAACGAUCCUGUAUUGAAAACUGUCGUUAACGUCGUCAAGAGAAGUUUGGGAGCAGUAGUAGCACACCGUGCCUUGAAAGCCAGUGACAACUUUUUUCACAUUGGAGGAAAUUCUCUGAAUGCUGUUGCUGCUUGUCUCAGCCUUCGAGACGCAGGAUUUCCCAUAAGAAUUUCUGAGUUUCUCGCUGCAACCGAUUUGAGACAAGUUGCAGAAUACGCUCGACAAAGAAGCCUGAAUUGUCAAUCUGCCGAAAUAAGCCUUCGGAACAAGAGCUUGACAAAUGAUGUUACGUCUGCAAAAAGUAUGCUUCCAAUUGCCUCGGAUGCCCUCGGAAGUCCUUAUCGAAUCAGUCCUUUAGCAGACGAUGACUGGGCCAUGGUUUCCAAACUGAUUUCGGAGAGUUUCUUUGCUAAAGGAGAUCUCGAAAAAUGCUUGCCGAACUUGACCGAAUACGAGUAUUUCAAUGUCCUGCAACCGCUUUGGCCCGAGCUGGUCGGCCAAAAGUUGAGCUUUGUCGUCAGAAGAGAAGGACGCAUUGUCGCUGCUGCUUUAAAUUUCGAUCUUGACAAGGAACCGGAAGUCGACAUUUCUGAGAACAUGGCUCCUGUUUUCAACUUGCUCGAAAGUGUCGAAGCACCACAACGGGAAAUCCAUUUCAAGCCAAAGGGUUUGAAGGUCAUCCAUAAUUUCAUGAUGGGCACAAGUAUGUUUGAAACGACUGACAGAGAAAGUGUUCAAUUGAUGGAACUCAUGGAGGAAGAAAACGUGAGAGUCGGUUCGGCCGCCGGUUACGACGCCCUUUUCACUACCAACACAAGUCCCAUCACUCAGCAACUUGGAGAACAGCUCGGCUACGAAGUUCUGGAUGAUUUCCAAAUCAAUCUCUUUGUUGAUUCAAAUGGAAAAAUGCCGUUUGCCAAAGCAGGAUCCGAAGUGAGAGCGGUUUGCUGUGUGAAAUACCUCAAGCCUACUCUAUAA